CGGUCAACAAAGCAGGGGAGGAAGCUGGGGGAGGACAAAGAAUAAAGAGGUGUGUUUUAUUCAAAGGGUGGGAUCUUCAGCAUGGAGUAUAAGUGUGUUUAGGAAAGCUAGAAAACUUGUUCGCUCACGUUGUGAGUUGCUCUCUGCUGGGACUCAAUCAAGGUUUGCUCCAUUUGUCAGCAGGCACCUCAACGGUGGGUUUUUCCUCUGGGGUUGACUGACUGGCUCUCAGGUGACGUGUAAAGAUGCAACGCAGCAGCAGGCUGACUCAGCAGCUUUGGGAAAGAUGGGUGACCCUGCUGAACUACCUUGAAACUAACCCAAAGGUAGCUCAGGUGAGGAGCACCAGGAUGGGGCAGUACCUCAGCAGCCGCCCUCUCUUCGCUUUCACGCUGCUGCUGUUCGCCGUGAUGGCUUCACUGCCUGUCGGAAUUUUCUUGGCAUUUGCUCUGGUCACCGUUGUUAUGUCGGCAGCGGGUUUUGUUUUCUUUGAAGUGUUGCUCCUGUUUGUCGGGGGGCUGACUCUGCUGUCCGUGCUGUCUGGCAUCGCCAUCUUCUCUGUCGUGGCUUCAGUCGUCGUUAAUGCUUUCUUCAUCACCAUUCCCAGCCUACUGCAGUACAAAAAUCCACAAACAAAGAAAGAUGUAAACCAUGAGACGGUUGGUGGAGUAAAGCUUCAGGACUAAAAAAGAUGUAGCAAACAUCUUCAUCCUCUCUGCUUCUGAAGUUGGGGAUCGGCUCCUUUGAAACUGUGAAGGGGAUCCAAGAAUCCGAUCCACAUGUACUACGUGGUCACAGCUGAGUUUGGCAGCUAAGUGUUAUCCAAAGAUCAUGGUCAUUACUUCUGAAUUAUCUUGAACUUGUCAAAAUAUUGACUUAUUUUCACCCACCUUAUUCACUACCGGGGCAGUUCUGCUCAGGGCCAUUUCAUCAUCACUGCCCAUGAUUUUAUAGUUUUAUCUGAAAGAGGUUUGGAAACGUGUUGGCUGCAAAUCGACGCAGCUCAAGAUAAUGUGCUCUGAAAGUUGGGACUAAAUUAUUUUCUUUGUAUUGUAAUAUAUGUAUUCGUAUUUAUCAUAAAUGUCCCUAUCAUUGUUCUGCAAAUGCAUUUAAACGAAGAAUUCAUUCAUAAGAUGUUUUCUUUUAUUACUGAACGUUAUUUGAUUGGAUUUGUAACCCUUUUAUGUGUAUUUAUUUGGCCAAUAACUGCUCUCCAAGAACCAGCAAAGAGAAUAUGUUUUUCAUUAUACCGAGCUGACAUUAAGAGUAGACAGGUUAGAUGGGAAAAGUGGCCUUCAUACCAAUGAACAUUGUUUAACUUGUUUUUAAAGAUUGUUUCUUUUGUGACACCAAUGUUUUUAUUAUUUUUUUUAACACUGUAGGGUUAAACGUAUCUAAAACAACUCCAUUCUGGAUUAAAGGAAUCAUUCAGCCCUGAACCUUCCUCUGACCUUGAUUGAUUGUGCUGUUGUGUUCUUUCCCAUGUCUUCUUCUGUUCAUUGAGGAAUAAUUGUAUCAUUUUAGUGUGCCAAUGCGACACGGAAGUCUUCAUCCAGACAAACUUUUUCAUCCAAUAUUAUUCUUUACCUUUAUGAUAUUUGGAAUGAUGAAAAUGGACCCACUGUAUCUGUUUGGAACGGCAACAGGAUGUGGUGAUUAAACACAGUGUGACUGCUAAGGGGUGCCAACUAUAACUGAGCUUAUCGGAGAGGCUGCGUUAAUAUUUACUGAGGUGCUGAAAGAUGGAUUAAAUAGUGAGUCUUACAGUUGGUUUGUUUUUUAAUAUCUUGAGGAACAGAGGGAGACAUUCUAUGAAGGAAGAAAAAAUAAGUCAACGCUAUAAUCAUAGACACAGUUGUACAUGAAUGAAACAAGCGUACAUGUGAGUGGGGUGGAGGAUGGGUAUGUCAGAAAAGAUUUUAUCAUUAAGAACUUAAACAAAAUGAAUACUAUAUUAUGGCUGGGGGAUUAAAUGUCACUAAAUCAUCACUGGAAAGAUUGAAAACACUAACUCAGCGUUGUGCCGCUUAAGACUUGACUCUUUGUUUAAAUAAGCCACGCUCUUAUCCUUAACGGAUUAUGUAUUUAUAAGUCAUAAACUUUCAUGUUUCAUUGACAGCUGUCUUGAAUUUGUGGACAAAAACUGACUGCAAUGUCCUGUGUUGCUCAGAGUUUUACAUUUGUUGUGACUUAAUCAUUUCAAUAAAUUCUCCCUAGAACUUUUAUUGCUCUGGCGUAUUCUUUUUAUUUACUCAGUUUGUAUUCCUGUGUGAGGGUGCGUCUGAGUUUUGCAUGCUGAGGCCUGUGUGACUGGUCGUUUCUGACCUUUGCAGGGCUGUGAUAGGCUCCCUCCACGUUGUGGUGAGAUGGUGACGUGUCUGUCGGCAGCAGCCGUUGCGAUACUGCUUCUG